CGGGCACGGAUAGAUGCGCGUCCUCGAUGGCAGGCUGUAGUGUUUGAUGAUCUAGUCUUUCGAAGGUCGUCUCGUGCACCGGUGUGAUGGCGACCGCACGUGCACCGUUAUUCUCCGCAUCUGUCCGUCGUGUCUAGUGAUAUAAAGCCGUUAGAUCAGACAUGUCACGCCGUCAGGGAUCGGAUCUCCUCCGCAGCUUCGCUCUUCUGCUGUUUCUCAACACCGGGAGUUCUGCUUUACCGAACCGGACCAGCGCCGUCCGUUUCAUGCAAUACGAAAGCCCCGGCAGCAAUAAUAACGACACUCUGGGAAUCAAUAAUCCCGAGAUGAUGCCAAAGCUAAUGGAUAAUAGCGGGACAGUGAGGCGAUGGCCCGCUUUGGGCUCUGGGGGAAAAAUCGGGCCACUGUGCGCCUACCGCACCAUGAGCGCGGGUAACCCGGGGCGUUUGUGUUUUCGGUACACGCAGACCGACUUCACGUGCCCGGCUCCUUCAUGUCGGCAGGUGACGUCACCCGGCGGGCAGCUCACCGCCAACAUCCUGUCCAACAGCAGCGUGUUCGUUCAGUGGACCUCUACUGCCCCAACAAAGAGCCCCGCGCCGGGCCAGACGGGCGGCUUCAGGCUCAGCUGCUGGUGGAACGGCAGCUACACGCAGUUCGACUGCGCAGGCGUGCAUUUAGGCAGCAGCUGCAGGGAUUAUUUACUCAGUGAGCUGCACACAAACGUGCACUACCGCCUCUGCGUGCGACCCUACGCCUCCGAGCGAGCAGAAGCCUGCGUGGAGUUCAGCCUCACGCCCGACGGGAUGCAGGACAUCGUUAUCGCCAUGACAACGGUGGGCGGGGCCAUCUGCGUGAUGCUGGUCAUCAUCUGUCUGCUGGUGGCGUACAUCACUGAAAACAUCAUGAACCCAACAGCGCAACACACGCUCACUGCGCAGCAUUCCCACAGAUCUCACUUAAACACACAUCUGUGAAAACACACAAACACAGACACCUCUACUCAGGAUCAGACACUACAUAAUACACAAACAUGAGAGCUGAGAACUAUUUACUGAAUAGUAACUGCACACUUUAAAAAUCAAAGAACACAGUAUUACAGAAAUUAUUCACCACAUUGUGAAUUGGGGUAAGAUAAGGAGAAACUGAUUUCAAUACUUGCUCAAAUAAUCCUGUCUGUGAAUUCCAGACUAACGUCUCACAAUCUAAUGAUUGGAUUUGGAGUUUAUAUUUUCACAAAAUGUUCUGUAGCAUCAUGCUAACUUCAUGCUAAAUUAGGGUGAACUUAAUUGCCAUUUUUCCCGGACACGUCCUGGCUCGGAUUUGGGGUACAUCCUCCAGAAGUCGCAUUGGUUGACCGCAUACACCAUUUAUUUUUAUAUUUUAGGUUCUAUUUAAGAAAAGCAAAUAGCCUACAAUGAUUGUAUGUCUUAAGAGAAAUUAAUCUUAAUUUUAUUAUGUUUUUUUUACCAAAAUGUGAGAUCCUUGAUGACAUAUGCGGUCAACAAAUGCAACUUCCGGAGGACACACCCCAAAUUUUGGCCAGGACGUGUCCGUGGACAAUGACACGCAUGUUCACCCUAGGAUAAAUCAUGUUAGCAUUAUGCUAAAUCAUGGUAAUUUCGGUACAUCAUGCUAGCUACAGACUAAAACACUUAAACAGCCAGGUAGACCAAUAAACUAUACUUAUUUUAAACUUUUGUUCAUCUGUUUUUACAACUAAACCCAAUUAAACGUUAAAAUAAGUUUCAAAAAGUUGUGGCUGAUAUUACUUCAGGUUUAUUCUUCAUACUGUAAAACAUGGGUCAAAUGGACCUCAUUGCUUUGUGGGAUCACAUGCAGUGCUGCAUUCUGCACAUUAUAAGAAAUACAGUUUGUCAUGUGGGUAUUUAUGAAAGCAGAAAAUGUUCAUACUGUGCACAGAAUACAUGCAUACAUUACACAGAUAUACAAUAACACUACAGUAGUAUGUAUAGAGUAGUACAGAAGCAAUAGUAAGAAAAGUAUAUUAUUCUGAACACAGUCAAAAACAUCACUGUUGAGCUAUCUUAGCGUGAAAUCUCUUAAUUAUUUAAUAAUUUCAUUUACCAAAAAACUGUGCACUUGUUAUUUAGUCAGAAAGUUAUAUAAAUAUUUGUUCGAGUCAGUCCAUAAAGAGAAAAAGUCAUGUUUUGGCUGUAGUAAGGAGGUCAAGCUGCUCUACUUUCACUAUAGAUGUCUGUAUAAAUUACAGUAUUACUGUCAGCUGUUUGCCAGUAACUUACUGUAGAUUUACAUUGAUGUUAUUUACUGGCAACAGUUUGUUGAAAGGUAAAUGAACAUUAAACAUUAACAAGUCUUUAUCUUUACAGAAUAAAACUAUAAAAUAACAGCCUCAUGCAAAGCAUUCUGGGAACCGAAAUCUGAAGGAAAAAACUGAAAAAGGUUGAUGAGGAUUUCUGGUUCCCAGAAUUUGUUAUUUUAUGUAAAGACUUGUUAUUGUUAAUUUAACUUUCAACAAACUGUUGCCAGUAAAUAACAUAAAUUUAAAUCUACAGUAAGUUAAUGGCAAACAGCUGCAUAACUACAGCAAUUUUUACAGUGUAUUUAGAGGGAUGCUGUAAUUUUGUACUGUAAUGUCCUGUGUGUUAAACCCAAUAAUUAACAUUAUGCCUUAUCUUACACAAGAGUUAGUAUUCACCAAAAUGAGAACAUUGACUGACCGAUCUGAAUACUGUGCUUUUAUUCCUCCUUUUGUGUCAAUAAAGAGGCUUGUUAUGAUUUAUUUUGAUUAUGUGGUUAUUUAUUUCGUGAAUUAACAACCUCGCAUGCCUAAAAUUAGGCUGACUGGAUGAUGUUUAAAAUCAAAUAUUACAAUGAUUUAUAAAUAUGAAUAUUUAAUACUUAUAUAUUUUGUAAGUAAUAAAUACAUGUUUGGGCAUCACAUUAGUGAUAUUACGUUGAAUAAUAUGAUGAAUAUGUGGUGUGUGGUUUUUUAAACAUUUUUAUUGAAUAUCAACAUCAAGUACAAAACACAUUUUGUUCAAAGCCACAUGAGGUAUUAUUCACAUAAUUAUUCACAUGUUAAGACAAUAAAUGAGAAAAACAUACAGAAAUUGAGUACUUUUAAAGUAUUAUAUGUUUUCAGAGCUUUUUUGUUUUUUUACUUUUUCCAAUGGGGUACUGUAUAAUUUGAAAUCAUUUAUAAAAUGUUACAUGUUUGGUUUUUUGUCCUAAUAAAUAGCUGUAUAAUA